GCAAACUGGUUGGCAUGUGUAGCCCGAUUGCGGUUGACACCAUGGCUGUGACUGACCUGCGAACACCGGUUGAGGUUGGUAUCCCGGCUGCGGCUGGCCUGCAUACCCUGGUUGGGGCUGAUAAUACGAUUGUGGUUGACCUGCUAAUCCCGAAUAGGGCUGAUAUCCUGGCUGCGUCUGACCUGGGAACUGGCCUGGAUAACCGUAAGGUGGAGCAUUCGGAUAACCAGACCCUGGUGGAUAUCCACUUGGACAGUUUGGAUACUGUCCUUGAGGUAACUGGCCGCCUAAAUUCCACGCACUGUAGUCGCCUGGCUGCAUUCUGA